GUAACGAGACUGCGCAACAGCACCAAGUCGGUUCACACUAAGGAGUGACAGUCGCGCUGAUAUUGAUAGUUUUUUUUUUAUAUGUUGUGAGUUCCCGGUGUUCUGUGAACCUUAGUUCGCUGUUUAAGUGGCACUUAUUUGGGAGGCCAUGCGGCGGAGUAAGGCCGAAGUGGAUCGUUACGUUUCCUCAAUUCAGAGUUCCUCUCCCUCACUCAAAGAGAAACCAGUGAAAGGAUUUAUAUUUGCUAAAUUGUACUUUGAAGCAAAGGAAUAUGAACUUGCAAAAAGACAUGUAUCGGAGUAUCUCAAAGUCCAACAGAGAGAUCCCAAAGCACACAAAUUCCUUGGACAGCUGUACGAGAGAGAAGGAGACAUUAAUAAAGCAGUAGGAUGUUACAAGCGGUCAGUGGACCUGAACCCAGCCCAGAGGGACCUGGUGUUGAAGGUGGCUGAGUUACUGGUUAAUACGGAGGAAUGUGACAGCAGAGCAGAGUUCUGGGUGGAGAAGGCUGCAAAGCUGCUGCCCGGAAACAUAGCAGUCUUCAACCUGAAGGAGCGUUUGUUAAGUCGUCAGGGUCAGCAGGGUUGGAACCGACUUUUCGACCUCCUCCAGGCUGAGCUGGCAGUGAGGCCGGGUGAUGCACAUGUAAACGUGAAGCUGGUUCAGCUGUUCUGUCAGGAUGGUCGACUGGAAGAAGCUGUCAAGCAUUGCCUGGCUACUGAGAAAAGGGGCCUGCUAAGCCGUAGUUUGGACUGGUACACAGUUGUGGUGCGCACAUUGAAGGAAUAUUUGGCUCUGCCCAGCAUAGCCAGCAAUGAAAAGAUGUGUCGCCGUCUCCAGAGAGAGUUGCUGUUGGCCCACUGCAACCUGCUGAGAAUCUCACUGUCCGAGAGCCGAGUGCAGCCUAGUCUUGACGCGCUCAAAGGUUUCGAUCAAGCGAUGCAAGUGCUGAGCAGCGUUGCAGGCCGCUACACCGACGAUCUGUGUGAGGUGUUUGUGGAGAUGAGAGGUCACCUUUACCUUCAUGCUGCCACACUGCUGUUGAAGCUGGCUCAGGAUCGCCAGCAAUCCUGGAGGGUUGUUGCGGACUUUGCUGUACUCUGCUACCUGCUAGCAUACCAGGUCCCUCGACCAAAGCCUAAAGUUAAAAGAGACCAGUCAGCGCCACAGCUUCUCGAACUACUGGCCAACGAUCGACAGAGUCAGGCUGGACACAUGUUGCUCAAUCUGAGCAUGGAUUCGUCUACUUCAAUCGGAGAGGUGGUGGAGGCAUUUGGAAACUGCAGUGCUCGGGACUCCCUGUCUGAACUCCUGUUUGGACCGCAGGUCUCCACUGGAUCUUCAUUUAUUGCCAAUGAUGACGUUCGUUCCAUCAACACCUCUGUUCCAGAGCUAUCUCAAUUGGCCAAAUAUGACACUGGCUCCAUUCAACUGCAUGGUGGUGACUUGCAACAUCUGAGCUGGUUGGGGCUGCAGUGGACAUUUCGAGCCCAAAGACCAGCGCUGCGGGAUUGGCUAGGGCAGCUUUUUCCAAGGCUUCCCCUGGAAACUUCCAAACUGGACACAGAUGCACCAGAAUCCAUCUGCUUACUAGACCUUGAGGUAUUUUUACUCGGUGUGGUGUUCUGUAGCCACUGUCAGUUACAAGAGACAGCGAAGAUCAGCAGUGGAAUGAACCAGCAGCAACAACAACAACAGCAGCAGCUUUAUGAGCCACGCUGCCUCCCCCUUCCUCUCCUUCGCCUCUUGACCACUGACAGACAGAGGGAGUGGUGGGAUGCUAGCUAUAGCCUCAUUCACAAUCGAGCAGCCCCCAACAUGUCAGCAAAGCUACGGAUGGUUAUUCAACAUGGGCUGAAAACUCUGAGGGCUGGAGAAAAACAUGGACUUCAACCAGCACUGGCCAUCCACUGGGCCCAGUCUCUUAACCAGACGGGUGAUGGAGUAAACUCCUACUAUGACCAGAAGGAGUACAUUGGUCGUAGUGUCCACUACUGGAAGGUCGUCCUCCCGCUAUUGGAAAAAAUCAAAAACAGACGCAGUAUACCUGAACCCCUUGACCCCCUCUUCAUACACUUUUCCUCUAAAGAUGUUCGGAUUUUGUCUGUGAAGACUUAUGAAGAGGAAUUCAACAUAGCAUAUGCGGCUCUCCUUGAUAUUGAAGGCAGGACAGAGGAAGCCAUUGCUAAAUUGGAAACCAUCAAUAACAUGUCCUCCAUCUGGCAUUUGGCCCAGAUCUACCAGCGGCUGUCGGAGGAGGCCAGCAAUGGGGUUGAGGAAACCCAAGAUAGGUGCAUCACUUAUCUGAGAAAGUUCAAGACCUACCUGUCUAAGAUCUACAAUGCCAAUGCUGAUGACUUUGAGAAGCUGCCUGUGUCCAUGGAGGAAGUUCUCGACCUCCUUAAUGAUGUGAACCAGCAGCUAGGAGAAAAUGGGGAGGCAAUGGAUGAGGAGGAGGAGGAGGAGGGUCAACGAGGACCAGUCCACUCUAGUCCAGCUCAUCCUACAGAAACCAGUGCCACCAUUUCCCACUCACACAUCAAGUUUUCAACUCCGUCUCCCAACAAAAGCAUCAUCUCUCCGUCCAAAAGACUGAUUUCUCCAAAGACACCACCUCAGUGGGUGGAUGACCAGAAAAGUCUCCUUCAGAUGCUGUGUCAGCAAGUUGAAGCCCUCAAGAAUGAAGUUCAUGAUUUGAGGCACAACGCUUCAGGGAACGCAGGCUCUCCUCAUCAUAAGAUGUAUGGGGAGAGCUACGGGGCUGAAGGCCUACAGGAGUCUUUUACACCAGUUCAGUCCUACCAUGGUGCCCCCCUAACAGUUGCCACCACAGGUCCCUCUGUGUUUUACAACCAGUCUCCAGCUUAUAACUCUCAGUAUCUCCUGCGCACAGCAGCAAAUGUAACCCCCACUAAGGGCCCAAUCUAUGGUAUGAACCGUAUGCCACCUCAGCAGCAUAUGUAUGCUUACCAACAGCCCACUCACACGCCUCCAUUGCAAACAGCCCCACCCUGCAUUUACCCCCCACAAGAACAAGUUUUUGGUGCCCCUCUGCGAUUUGAAUCACCAGCCACAAGCCUCCUUUCCCCAUAUAGUGAAGAAUAUUAUGGCCAGAGUGUAACCCAACAAACCAUUAACCCGCCUCUACCUGAACCUGGCUACUUCACCAAGCCAUCUGUUGUUCCUUCUCAGACGCCAAAGAGCGUAGAGGGUAAGCCCAUGGACUUUGGGAAAGUGUCAUUCAGCCAGCAGGCACCUGCUGAAGUUCCCAAAGUGCCUAGUUUUGGAGCAGGGGCAGUUGCCCAGUCAACACCUUCAGCUGGUUUCCAAUUCAACUCCAACUUUAAAUCCAAUGAUGGAGAUUUCACCUUCCCACCUUCUCAGGUCAAGAACAGGGAAACCCUACUUGGCCUCCUUACAUCAGACAUCCCUACUAAACAGGAGACUGUUGUAGAAAAAUCCCCUGCUCAGGAGCAGCCCAUUAGCCAAAGUGGUGUUUUCACCUUUGGUACUAAAAGUGUUCCAAGCUUCUCUUUUGUUGAUACUACUCAAAGCACUGGUACUGGAAGUCUGUUUGGAAAAGUGAACCAGCCAUUUAAAUUUGGUGAUGUUGCCAUGCCAGUGUUUGGGUUACCCAGUGGUGUAGCAGAGGCAGAGAAAGCAGCAGAGAGUGACAAUGACAGUACCCGUGGUGAGGAUGAAGAGGAUGGCCCUCAUUUUGAACCCAUUGUACCUCUUCCUGAUAAAGUAGAUGUUAAAACCGGUGAGGAAGAGGAGGAGGAGAUGUUUUGCAAUAGGGCAAAGCUGUAUCGAUUUGACACCGAGUCAAAAGAGUGGAAGGAGAGAGGUAUUGGCAAUGUUAAAAUUUUAAAACACAGCACUAAAGGGAAGGUCCGCCUUUUAAUGCGAAGGGAACAGAUCUUGAAGAUCUGUGCCAAUCACUACAUUACCACUGAUAUGCUACUGAAACCAAAUGCUGGUUCUGACAAAUCCUGGGUGUGGAAAGCCAUCGAUUAUGCAGAUGAAGAACCAAAGCCAGAGCAGCUGGCAAUCCGCUUUAAAACUGUUGAUGAGGCAUCUCUUUUUAAAGCUAAGUUUGAGGAAGCCCAGAGAAUUGUGGUCAAAUCACCUGAAAAGACUGUUCAAAAGGAAAAGGGAGAGGGAAGCUUAAAAGAUUCUAAAUCACUGGCAGCACAGUUCGCAAUCAAAGAAGGGGAAUGGGACUGUGAUGUGUGCUGUAUCAGAAAUAAGCCCACAGAUAUGAAAUGUGUUGCAUGUCAGAGUUCUAAUGGAAGCUUAAAAGAUUCUAAAUCACUGGCAGCACAGUUUGCAAUCAAAGAAGGGGAAUGGGACUGUGGUGUGUGCUGUAUAAGAAAUAAGCCCACAGAUAUGAAAUGUGUUGCAUGUCAGAGUUCCAAUCCCAAUGCUACAUCAAAGCCAGACGUUAAUGCUGCUGGUGAUAGCAAAGCCAGUACUUUUUCUUUCAAAUUUGGAACCGAUUCAUCACAACCUAGUAGUGCUGUCUCUACAUUUACUGGCUUUGGGGCUUUUGGAGAUAGUAAGACCUCUUUUACAUUUGGGACUGGUGCCUCAAAACCUGCUGAUAUAGUAACCAGUUCAUUUGGUUCUAACUUUGGAGCUCAAUUUGCAAAGAAGCCAGGACAGUGGGAAUGUGAAAGCUGUUCUGUGAGAAAUGAGGCCACUGCAGAUUGUUGUAUUUCUUGUAAAGCUCUUAAAUCCUCAGCUAAAACUACUGUUACAGCACAAACCACACCAGCUGCAGAACCACCUUUAGUGCAGUCCUCUUCAUCUGCUAGUGACUAUGGGUUUGGUGCCCAGUUCAGCAAGAAGCCGGGCGAGUGGGACUGUGAUGUAUGUGAGGUCAGAAAUGAAGCCUCUGCUGACAAAUGUGUUGCUUGUAGUAGCCCAAAUCCAACUUCUAAAUUAAAAGUAGGGGCUCCAAUAUCAUCAAAUCUGCCAGCAGUGUCAGGAUUUGGGUCUGAUUUUGAAAAGAAAGACGGCGAGUGGGACUGCGAUUGUUGUUUGGUCAGAAAUGAUGCAUCAGCUGCUAAAUGCGUUUCCUGCCAGGCCCCACAUGAGACACCUUCUUUAGAAGCCAUGUUUGGCAAGAAAGGUGGAGAAUGGGAUUGUGACACUUGUCUGGUGAGAAACAAUGGCUCUGCCAGUAAAUGUUUGUCUUGUCAGUCACCGAAUCCCACUGCUAAAAGCACAACCAGCACUGCUCCCAGUGCCUCAACUUUUAACUUUAGCUUUGGAACCAAGACUCUGACAAGUCAGCCAACCGGAACUGAAUUCACAAUACCUUCUGAAAGUGGCAAUACUUUUCAGUUUGGUCAAAACAAAGAUAAAAGCUCAGCUGCUUCUUUCAAGUUUGAAGCCUCCCAGUCUGGAUCUAGUACCACCAGUUCUUCAGGCUUCUCUUUCUCAAUGCCCAUCCCUACUGGUGGCUUUAAGUUUGGCAUUCAAGACACUGCAAAAGAACCCCCCUCAACUGAUGAUCCAGCACCUGCUUCAGGGUCAGCCUCCAGUUUUCUGAAAAGCAUAGCUGACAAACACAAUGAGAAACAAAAUAUAUCUACACCAGAAGUGGACCCAGCUGAACAAGAUCAAAACCCAUUAAUUUCUGGAAAAUCCAAUACAUUCAGUUUUGCUGACCUGGCAAUUUCCUCUGGAGGUGAUUUUCAGUUUUGCCAGAAAGAUCCAAAUUUCAAGGGUUUUGCUGGGGCUGGUGAGCAGGUGUUAUCAUCUUUUCAGGCAACCCCUACCAAAACAGAUGCCUCAAAUGAGCUGGAGGAUGAUGACAUGUAUAAAACGGAGGAAAAUGAUGACAUUCAGUUUGAACCAGUGGUACAGAUGCCUGAUAAGGUUGACCUAGUGACAGGAGAGGAAGAUGAGCAGGUUCUUUAUUCUCAGCGUGUCAAGCUGUUCAGAUUUGACCCAACCACCGGUCAGUGGAAAGAGCGUGGUGUAGGGAACCUCAAAUUUCUGAAAAACAAUGCCAAUGGCAGGCUCAGAGUGCUCAUGAGAAGAGAGCAGGUUCUGAAGGUGUGUGCGAACCACUGGAUCACCACCACAAUGAACCUGAAACCCUUGGCAGACUCGGACAAAGCAUGGAUGUGGAUGGCCAAUGACUUCUCUGAUGGAGAGGCUAGUCUUGAACAGUUGGCUGCUAAAUUUAAAACCCCAGAGCUUGCUGAGGAGUUUAAGGAGAAGUUUGAAGAGUGUCAGAGAUUGCUUUUGGAUAUCCCUCUGCAAACUCCCCACAAGCUUGUUGACACAGGUAGAACAGCACAUCUCAUUCAAAAAGCAGAGGAAAUGAAAUCUGGUUUGAAAGACUUGAAAUUCUUUUUGACAGAUGAGAAGACAAAGAUAAAAGAUGAUGACACGCAAGGAGAUAUUACAACGUCUAGCAAUGUUUCAAGCCUUGCAACCAAAGCUCAUAGUGAAACUCUUGGUCCCACCUUGGAGUGGGACAACUAUGACUUACGAGAAGACGCUUUAGAUAAUACAGCUGACUCAUCUGUCUAUGCAUCUCCCAUCGCCGGUAGCCCCCUAAGAAAAAAUCUUUUCCGCUUUGGAGAAUCCAUUGGUGGGUUCAGCUUCAGCUUCCAACCUGGCAUUAGUCCAUCUAAGUCCCCUGCUAAGCUUAACCAGAGCAGAUCAUCAGUAGGUACUGACGAUGAGCAGGAUGAGGAAAGGGAUGGCCAGUACUUUGAACCUGUAGUCCCCCUACCUGAUCUGGUGGAGAUUUCUACAGGAGAGGAAAAUGAACUGAUCGUUUUCAGUCACAGGGCCAAACUGUAUCGCUAUGAUAAGGACUUGGGUCAGUGGAAGGAGAGGGGUAUUGGAGACCUCAAAAUAUUACAGAAUUAUGAUACCAAACGAGUGAGGUUAAUAAUGAGGAGAGACCAGGUACUUAAGAUUUGUGCCAACCACUGGAUCACGGCUGCCAUGAAGCUGGAGCCUAUGAAAGGUGCUGAGAAGGCCUGGGUCUGGAGUGCCAUGGACUUUGCUGAAGAAGGAGAGGGUAAUAUUGAGCAGUUAGCUGUAAGAUUCAAGCUGCUGGAUACUGCAAACGCAUUCAAACAAGUCUUUGAGGAGGCUAAGGUUGCACAAGAUAAAAAAGAACUUAUGACUCCAGUGACAUCAGGAGUUGUCACAUCUCAAAACACUGGGCCUGAAGAAACUGCAAAGACUGCUGCUCCAGCUGUAUGUGGGAGUGCAGCAAUCGCUGUUCUGGAGGAGACCACGAAGGAACGUACAGAGCUUCUACCCGACAGUGUGCAAUGUGUACCUGUGUCUCCAACACCAGUCAACUCCUCAAAGACAGUGGUGUCUCCUCCUAAGUUUGUCUUUGGCACUGAUAGUCUUCAGAAGAUUUUUGGCAGUCCAAAGUCUCACUCUGACACUGAGGAAUCGACAUCCAGUUUGAAUGCCAGAGAUGCUGGACUUCUUGCCAAGGGCUUGCCUGCAGCACCUGCUUUCAAAAUCCCAGAGAAAGGGCUGGAUUUUAGGCUUUUCAAAGAUAACCCAAUGGCUUUUUGGACCAGCACUUCAACCACCCAAUUUGAACCCCCAGGGCCUCCACAGGCUGAAGGAAGAGAUGCAGGGUCAGAUGAUGACUCUGAAGUGGAAGUUGUGUACGUCAGGGAACCCACUGCUGAACAGGAAGCUUUGGCCAAGAAACUCCUGCUGCCGCUCACUUUCUUCUGCUACCAGAAUGAACCGGGUUACUCCAGUGAUUAUGAAACUGAUGACGAGGAUUAUGAGUCGGCAGUGAAAGCAUUAAAUGGAAAACUGUAUCCCGAUCCUCCUGGGGCCACAGCAUGUAGUGAUGAGCCAGACUGUCAGGUGGUGUGGGAGAAGACGCCGACACCAAAGGAGGAGGAAAAAGCCAAGAGCCUCCAGCUUCCACCCACUUUCUUCUGUGGCCUGAGCACCACAGACAGCGACACAGACCCUGACAAGCCUGAAGACUUUGAGACUGAAGUCCGCAAAGCGCAGCAAGACCUGGAUGCCCAGUUAAAGAUGGGCAUUAACUUAAGCCGCACUGCUGUAGCCUCAGACGAGCCAGCACCAGGCCCGUCAUCCAGCAGCACAGACACUGUGGACAGCACAUCUACACCACAGGAGCAGACCUCGGAGCAGCCAACAGAGACUCAGAGUGAAGCUCGUAGCAGCAGCUGUCCAAUUGACCUGUCAACGAAGAAGAGUCCAGAGCUGGAGUCCAACACCGAAACUGCAGCUUCUACCAUUUUUAUGGCCACUAGUAAAGACUCCUCCUUUGGUUUCGAGUCACUCGGCGGCUCCUCAUUCGCUGACUUGGCAAACAACACAGAUGGAUUUGCAUUUGGAAACCAAGACACGAGCUUCUCUUGGGCGAAUGCCGGAGCGAUGGUGUUUGGGGCCGGAGUGAACGCGGCACCAAAAAAAGGAGGCGACGACCAGGGCAGCGAUGAAGAGGAGGCUUCCAAUAAUGAGGACAUUCACUUUGAACCAAUAGUGUCACUGCCAGAGGUGGAGACAAAGUCUGGUGAGGAGGACGAGGAAAUUCUGUUUAAGGAGCGUGCCAAGCUGUUCCGGUGGGACAGAGACCUUGGCCAGUGGAAAGAGCGUGGCAUCGGCGACCUCAAGAUCCUCUUCCACCCGACCAAACAUUUCUACCGAAUCAUAAUGCGAAGAGAGCAGGUGUUCAGGGUCUGUGCCAACCAUAUUAUCUCAGAGGCAAUGGAGCUCAAACCUAUGAAUGUUGCCGCUAACGCGUUGCUGUGGACCGCCACCGACUAUUCAGACGGCGACGGCGCAGUGGAGCAGCUGGCGGCCAAGUUCAAAACCCCCGAGUUAGCCGAAUCCUUCAAGAAGACAUUCUGCGAGUGUCAGAAAAGAUUGGUUCUAAGUGAGGACUCCAGCAUCUUCUCACCGCAGAUGUCUAGAGUUCAAGAGCACUCCAGGGACACCAAUCCGCAGGUGUUUCUCCAAGUGUCCGCCGACGGUGAAACCCUGGGCACCGUUACCAUAGAGCUUUUCUCCCACGUUGUGCCGAAGACGGCAGAAAAUUUCAGGGUUCUCUGUACUGGCGAGAAAGGCUUUGGACUGCGGGAAUCAGUCUUCCACAGAGUCAUACCAGACUUCAUGUGUCAGGGAGGUGACAUCACCAACAGUGACGGCACAGGCGGCAAGUCCAUCUACGGCGGCAAGUUUGAGGACGAGAACUUCGACAUUCGGCACACAGGCCCGGGGAUUCUGUCGAUGGCCAACCGUGGACGCGACACCAACAACUCGCAGUUCUUCAUCACGCUGAAGAAAGCCGAACACCUGGACUUCAAACACGUGGCUUUCGGCUGGGUUCGGGAUGGAAUGAGUGUGGUGCAGCAGAUGGGGAAGCUUGGCACCAAAGGAGGCACGCCUACAAAGAAGCUGGUCAUCACAGACUGUGGGCAGCUGUAGAUUUUUUUUUUAAAACGUUAAGAUCAACAUAUACAGCUUGAUUAGGUUAUAACUCAAGGCCAACAAGGACUUUGGAUAAUCCCGUGUUCCCUACGUGGUACAUACACUCCUGCUAAACCUGAAUCUCGAGUCAGAAUUUGAAUACUGAUCACAGGGCUGCCGGUCAAGACCUUCUAUCCUACAAACUUGACCCCAGUGGCCUGGAAUUAGAAGAAAAUUAGCUUGAGAAAUGUAGUUAAAAAGCUAAUGUCUAAUGACAUGGUGAGGUACCAUGAGGGUGCAGGCACUUGGAGCAAUCACGUUGCUCUUUUGCAUUUCCAUCAAGAAAAUUCCCAUUAUUUGUUUAUUUUGUGUGUAUAAUUGUACAUGGAUUACUUUUGUAAUGUCUAUUUUUUUGUCUUGCAUGUUCUCAGUUUGAUUGUACUGGUCCAUUUCACAAGUUCCAGACAUUUGCUUAUUCUCUUUUGAAGAAGUCUUAACUAAAAUAGAAAGGUUGCUCUUUGAAUGCGUCAGUCGAUUUGUUACUGUCACCCCCCAAUUCUGUCCAAACGGUUUGAACAAAGCAUUGUUUUUGCUUUGUUCAAAUGGAUUUUUCGAUUUGUGUGCAGAUAAUUCAACUUAAUAUUUGCCCACGUACAGUUAACGCGAGUCAUCUCACAAUGUUAACAAACAUCAGGCGAGAGCGUUCCGAUUCGAGACGAUCAUCAUUGAAAUGGAAACGGUGCCUGUUGUACCAAAGUAGUGUGACAAAGGAGAAAUAAAGUUGCUUUACAAUUAA